CGGGGCCAGCUGGCGGCGGCGGCGCGCGGAGCCGCGGGGCGCAGCCGGCCGGGCCGGGGCCGCGGGGCCCGCGCCUCCCCGGCGGCGUGAGGCGGCGGCGGCCCAGCGCGGCCGAAGAGGACGGAACCGCGGCCGCGCAGAGCGGGGAUGCUGACACGUGUGUCCUGGUCCCCAACACCCUUCUGUGUGCCUAGCGAGUCGUCCCUCCUCCUGUGGCAGGACAUCGAGGGAGCCUUCUCACACGGACCCACUGGGGUCCUCGGUGAAUUUUGUCAUGGUUAUUUAAGGAACCUCGCCUAGAAGUCCCAAUACGCAUUUCCCCAUCGACGGGAAGGCUUGGACUCCAAGAUGAUUAUAAAGGAAUAUCGGAUUCCUCUGCCCAUGACCGUGGAGGAGUACCGCAUCGCCCAGCUGUACAUGAUACAGAAGAAGAGCCGGAACGAGACAUAUGGCGAGGGCAGCGGCGUGGAGAUCUUGGAGAACCGGCCAUACACAGACGGCCCCGGCGGCUCUGGGCAAUACACACACAAGGUGUACCAUGUGGGCAUGCACAUCCCCAGCUGGUUCCGCUCCAUCCUGCCCAAGGCGGCCCUGAGGGUGGUUGAGGAGUCUUGGAACGCCUACCCCUACACCCGAACCAGGUUCACUUGCCCCUUUGUGGAGAAAUUCUCCAUUGACAUAGAAACCUUUUAUAAAACGGAUGCUGGAGAAAACCCGAAUGUGUUCAGCUUGUCUCCUGUGGAGAAGAACCAGCUGACAAUCGACUUCAUCGACAUUGUCAAGGACCCCGUGCCCCCCAACGAGUAUAAGACGGAAGAGGACCCCAAGCUGUUCCGCUCGAUCAAGACACAGAGGGGGCCCCUGUCUGACAACUGGAUCGAGGAGUACAAACAGCAGGUUUUCCCCAUCAUGUGUGCCUACAAGCUCUGCAAGGUGGAGUUUCGCUACUGGGGCAUGCAGUCCAAGAUCGAGAGGUUCAUCCAUGACACUGGCCUGCGGAAGGUGAUGGUGAGGGCCCACCGGCAGGCCUGGUGCUGGCAGGAUGAGUGGUAUGGGCUGAACAUGGAGAACAUCCGGGAGCUGGAGAAGGAGGCGCAGCUCAUGCUGUCCCGCAAGAUGGCCCAGUUCAACGAAGAUGACGAGGAGGCUGCAGAGCUGGCCAAGGACGAAGCCAGCCAGGCCCAGGUCCCUGGGGAGACCCCCCAGCCCAGCAGCAGCAGCGGGGAACCCUUGGCAGGCCGGGGACUCAAGAAACAGUGGUCCACAUCCUCCAAGUCCUCACGGUCCUCCAAGCGGGGAGCCAGCCCUUCCCGCCACAGCAUCUCUGAGUGGAGGAUGCAGAGUAUCGCCCGGGACUCAGACGAGAGCUCAGACGACGAGUAUUUCGACGCUCAUGAGGACCUGUCCGACUCAGAGGAAAUAUUCCCCAAGGACAUCACCAAGUGGAACUCCAAUGACCUCAUGGACAAAAUUGAAAGCCCUGAGCCAGAGGAUACACAGGACGGUCUCUAUCGCCAGAGCGCCCCUGAAUUCAGAGUGGCCUCCAGUGUGGAGCAGCUGAACAUCAUCGAGGACGAGGUCAGCCCACCCCUGGCCGCGCCGGCCUCCAAGAUCCACGUGCUGCUGCUGGUGCUGCACGGAGGCACCAUCCUGGACACGGGUGCUGGGGACCCCAGCUCCAAGCAGGGUGACACCAACACCAUCGCCACCGUGUUCGACACCGUCAUGCGCGUGCACUACCCCAGUGCCCUGGGCCGCCUUGCCAUCCGCCUGGUGCCCUGCCCGCCCAUCUGCUCUGAUGCCUUUGCCCUAGUCUCCAACCUUAGCCCCUACAGCCACGAUGAAGGCUGUCUGUCCAGCAGCCAGGACCACAUCCCCCUGGCUGCCCUGCCCCUGCUGGCCACGUCCUCACCCCAGUACCAGGAGGCGAUCGCCAUGGUGAUUCAGCGGACCAACCUUGCCUAUGGGGACUUCAUCAAGUCCCAGGAGGGCAUGACCUUCAACGGGCAGGUCUGCCUGAUCGGGGACUGCGUCGGGGGCAUCCUGGCGUUCGAUGCCUUAUGCCAGAGCAACCAGCCAGUGUCUGAGAGCCAAAGCAGCAGCCGCCGGGGCAGCGUGGCCAGCGUGCAGGACACUGACCUGCUGUCCCCCGGCACCCUGGUCAAUGCGGCACAUGGAGGCAGUGGCGGCGGCGGCCUGGAGAGCAGCCGGCACCUGAGCCGCAGCAACAUUGAUAUCCCCCGAAGCAAUGGUGUCGAAGACCCCAAAAGGCAGUUGCCCCGAAAGAGGAGUGACUCAUCCACCUACGAGCUGGAUACCAUCCAGCAGCACCAGGCCUUCCUGUCCAGCCUCCUUGCCAGCGUGCUGAGGAAUGAGCCCAGCUCCCGCCGUUCGAGCAGCUCCACCAUGCUGGAUGGCACAGGGGCUGUGGGGAAGUUCGACUUUGAGAUCGCAGACCUUUUCCUCUUCGGGUGCCCGCUGGGGCUCGUCCUGGCCUUGAGGAAGACCGUCAUCCCUGCCCUGGAUGUUUUCCAGCUGCGGCCGGCCUGCCAGCAAGUCUACAACCUCUUCCACCCCGCGGACCCAUCCGCCUCCCGCCUGGAGCCGCUGCUGGAGCGGAGAUUCCACGCCCUGCCGCCGUUCAGCAUCCCCCGCUACCAGCGCUACCCGCUGGGGGACGGCUGCUCCGCGCUGCUGGUCGAGACAGUGCAGAGAAACCCCGAGCUGGUCCUGGAGGGUGGGCCCCUGGCCCCUCUCCCCCCAGGGGACGGCUUCCUGGAAACCAGUAUCCCCGUUCCCGCGCUCACCUGGCAAGACGGGCCCCGCCCGAGCCCGGGCUGUGCUGAGUCGGACGCGCUCCAGACCCACAACAUAGUCUUUCAAGAGCACGCGGCCCCCUCCUCGCCCGGUGCAGCCCCCGCCACCCGAGGCUUCCGCCGAGCCAGUGAGAUCAGCAUUGCCAGCCAGGUGUCGGGCAUGGCCGAGAGCUACACAGUGUCCAGCAUCGCCCAGAAGGCCCCGGCGUCGCUCAGCCAUACCCCCAGCGUGAGGCGCCUGUCUCUGCUCGCCCUGCCCCCCCCACCCCCCACUACCCCGGGCCCCCACCCACAGGCCGGGCAGGCGAGCCCCAGCCUGGAGCGGGCCCCCCGCCUCCCUGACUUGGACACCAGAGAAGUUGCAGCAAGGUGGUGGGGCCAGAAGCGGAUCGACUACGCCUUGUACUGCCCCGACGCUCUGACGGCCUUCCCCACCGUGGCCCUGCCCCACCUCUUCCACGCCAGCUACUGGGAGUCAACGGAUGUGGUCUCCUUCCUGCUGAGACAGGUCAUGAGGCAUGACAAUUCGAGCAUCUUGGAGCUGGAUGGCAAGGAGGUUUCGGUGUUCACCCCCUCAAAGCCAAGAGAGAAGUGGCAGCGCAAGAGGACUCAUGUGAAGCUUCGGAACGUGACCGCCAACCACCGGAUCAACGAUGCAGUCGCGAACGAGGAUGGCCCGCAAGUUCUGACGGGCCGGUUCAUGUAUGGGCCCCUGGACAUGGUCACUCUGACUGGGGAGAAGGUGGACGUGCACAUCAUGAUGCAGCCGCCCUCGGGCGAGUGGCUGUACCUGGACACGCUGGUGACCAACAGCAGCGGGCGGGUCUCCUACACCAUCCCCGAGACCCACCGCCUGGGUGUGGGCGUCUACCCCAUCAAGAUGGUGGUCAGGGGAGACCACACGUUUGCGGACAGCUACAUCACCGUGCUGCCCAAGGGCACGGAGUUCGUGGUCUUCAGUAUCGACGGCUCCUUUGCUGCCAGUGUGUCCAUCAUGGGCAGCGACCCCAAAGUGCGGGCCGGGGCCGUGGACGUGGUGCGGCACUGGCAGGACCUGGGCUACCUCAUCAUCUACGUGACGGGCCGGCCCGACAUGCAGAAGCAGCGGGUGGUGGCGUGGCUGGCCCAGCACAACUUCCCCCACGGCGUGGUGUCCUUCUGUGACGGCCUGGUGCACGACCCGCUGCGGCACAAGGCCAACUUCCUGAAGCUGCUCAUCUCCGAGCUGCACCUGCGCGUGCACGCGGCCUACGGCUCCACCAAGGACGUGGCGGUCUACAGCUCCAUCAGCCUGUCCCCCAUGCAGAUCUACAUCGUGGGCCGGCCCACCAAGAAGCUGCAGCAGCAGUGCCAGUUCAUCACGGACGGCUACGCGGCUCACCUGGCCCAGCUCAAGUACAACCACCGGGCGCGGCCGGCCCGCAAUGCAGCUACCCGCAUGGCGCUGCGGAAAGGCAGCUUCGGCCUGCCGGGCCAGGGCGACUUCCUGCGCUCCCGGAACCACCUGCUCCGCACCAUCUCGGCCCAGCCCAGCGGGCCCGGCCACCGGCACGAUCGGCCGCAGAGCCAGGCGGACGGCGAGCAGCGGGGACAGCGCAGCAUGAGCGUAGCCGCGGGCUGCUGGGGCCGCACCACAACCGGCCGGCCUGAGCCUGGGGCCGCCGCGGGCCCCAAGUAGGACACCGUGAGUGAGGCGCUGUGGUCUCCAUGGUGCUAGGCCAGGGCGGCCAGCCCCGCCAGGAGGCCUGGCCUGGGCACGCGAUGGCGGCUGGAGACAAGCUUGUCCCAGGGCCUGGCGGAGGACAUAGGCCGUGCCACACAGCCCUCCCGGCCCUGCCUCGUGUCCUAGGGUCUGAGGGGUUCCAGCUUGCAGGAAGACCUGUCCCAGGAUGACAGAGGGACCAGGACUCCCCACGCGGACUGGCCCGGAAGGCUCUCCUAGACAUUUGCCCUGCAUUGACCUCCCAGCGUCACGACGACAGGCCUGGGCCCGGGCCCCGCCCGCCACUUCCCAUCCACUAGCUCACCCUGACCCCCAGGUCCCCUCCCACUUGGUAGCAGCUCCAACGGGGGACAGCCUGCUUCUUGUUAACUCGAGUUACUCAACUGUCCAACCUCACUGGUUUUGCACUGACUUUUGAGAGUGGAGAUCCAUUACCAUCUCCUGUGGCGACGGACAUGCAUGAAAAGCCAACAUUCGCUGAUCUGGGACCUCUUGCCACACAGAAGGCUCCAGGGCGGCAAAUCCUCGUGCAAGCAGGAGAGAGAGGCCAUAUCUUAAUUUCUGCAGCUCCGCCUGGCCCGCCAGCGCUGUGGCAGCCCCGGACCCCUGCCUACCUGUCCACUUGCCCCACCUGGAACCCAGUCCAGCGGCGAGGCUGGUGAGGCCCAGAGCCGGCUCCCGAGAAGCCACGCCUCGGGCUCCUGGGCCUGGCCGGGCCGGCCUCCUCUUCCACUCCUCGCCUGCCGUCAGUCAAGGCCACGUGCCUCGGCUCUCCCGUUUCUACACCUUUCUACUUCUCCAAUCUGAUUUCUAUGAGGUUUUUUUAAAUGAGCAA